AGCUGUGUUACAAAUAGAUAGCUUUUGUCAGAAGAGCUUUUGUGAGGUUCGAUCCAAGUCCCAUCACAAGGAAUCGUCAUUGAUCAUCAUUAGCUUCAUCAUCCGUCGGCAAUAGGCAAAUGUGCUCCCCGCGUUUCGCGGGCAAAAUUGACGGAUCAAUAUCUCACCCCCACGCUGAACUGAACAAGCGGUCGAGCAAAGUUUCAAGAAAGCGCCGAGUGGUUUCGUAUCGUCUGGCGAAUGUGGCUGCAGUGCGGUAGCUGUUCCUAAUUCUGUUAAUCGCUGGCAAUUUUUCUCGCGAGUGUUUCGACGAGCGGAUCGGAACAUAUCUUCAUUUCUGCCGGAUGUGUUUGUCGCACAAUUACGGAUGUAACGUCAGCAACGUGUUGAGGAGUACGACACGUGCAAGCCAGCACAAAAAAUGAUUCAAAGCGUGAUGUGGAGGAUACAGCAAGCGGCGUAUUUCCAUACGAGGAAAGCGCUGAUAAAAGACUCGAAGAUAGCGUAUUGCAAUUUCGAACCGAAGAAGAAUACGACGAUCGUAAAGAGGGUAGUAGUCAGCCAGUAACCCUUGCUCAUUCGACUAUUACUAACGACACAUGACAGUUGUGAAUUUAAACGUGUGACAAAAGCUUCACGAUGUUAAAUAAAUCAGGUGCUGCGCCAAAACACUACCUCUGCUAUAUGUACAAAAGUGUUGAAGAAUUGAUCGUAUUAGGACUACAAUGAAAAUAUAUAUAGAUGUAUUAUUAUAUAUUAUAUGAAAGAAUAUAUAUAUAUAUAUGUGUGUAUAUAUAUAUAUAUACAUUCAAGCGUACAUAAAAGAGAUAUAUUCUGAUGAAUAAGCAUUUAUACUUAAUAUCAAUACGACGUUUUGCAUCAGAAAAGCUUUUCUUUGCCACGAGAUUGAUCUUCUUGAUCAAUUAACCACAUUUAUUGUUGCGGGAGUAGUGAAGAAAGCACAGGAAAACAGAAAACGAUUAAAUAUGCCUACCGGUUUUUCUGACUGAUACGCAUAGUACGAUGGUAAACACAUAGACAUACACAUAAAUACACGCAUCGAAAGCUCAAGCAGUAGGUCUUAACAAGUGAGAACAAUGAGUACACCGUACGAUGAAAACUUAAUUUGGAUAGUAGCGAUUGGCUUUAUAGUGGCGUUUAUCUUGGCGGCCGGAAUUGGUGCCAACGAUGUCGCCAACAGUUUUGGGACAAGCGUUGGCGCCGGGGUGCUCACGAUACAUCAAGCCUGCGUGCUAGCAACUAUCUUCGAAGUUCUUGGUGCCGUACUGAUAGGAUAUAAGGUCUCUGAUACAAUGCGAAAAGGUAUACUGGAUGUCUCAUUGUACGAGGGCCACGAGAAGGAGUUAAUGUUAGGGGCGUUGUCCAGUCUAGCCGGGUCUGGUAUCUGGCUACUGCUGGCAACCGCGUUACGACUUCCAAUUUCCGGUACGCAUUCUAUUGUUGGUGCUACAGUUGGAUUUUCGCUCGUGUGCCGAGGUACCGCCGGGGUGAAAUGGAUGGCUCUCGCUAACAUAGCGGCGUCCUGGGUCGCCAGUCCCAUACUCAGCGGUAUCGUGUCCGUCAGUAUCUUCGGGAUUCUGAGCAAAUUCGUACUCCAGUCUAAUAAGCCGUUUGAACAGGGUCUCCGUAUUCUUCCCGUAGCGUAUGGCAUAACGGUUGCUGUCAAUAUUAUGUCGGUUUUGCUCGAUGGACCUAAACUGUUAAUGCUAGAUCAAUUGCCGUGGUGGGGUAGCUUAAUAGCCGCGAUGUUGCUGGGCAUGUUCGCCACCGUGACCGUGUAUAUAUUCGUCGUGCCGUGGCAAAGAGCGAGAAUAUUACUGUCAUCAAACGGUGUAGACAGCAGUAAUAAAACAACUGUUCACUUCGACACCUAUCAAGACAAGAAGGAGACGACGGCGUUAUCGGUGAUCUCGGAAACUCCUUGCGGUGGUAGCAGCAGCAACGGUAACGCAAAGCCCGAGUUAACAGUAACGACGCCGAAGUUGCGUGGCAACAGCAGCGAGAGUCCGUUGCUGAUGAUCACCCAGAUCGAAGCCGAGAAUGCGCAAGCGGACGGUGUAACCGCGAUGAAUAGAGAAGAGCAGCCGGAGGUGUCGAGAUUGUUCGCCUUUUUGCAAGUGCUCACCGCAGCAUUCGGCAGCUUCGCGCACGGCGGUAACGACGUCAGCAACGCAAUCGGGCCGCUUAUCGCACUGUGGGCAGUAUACGUAGAAGGCUCGGCCCGACAGGAGGCCGAAACACCGAUAUAUAUACUUCUAUAUGGCGGCCUAGGUAUAUCUACGGGAUUAUGGCUGUGGGGACGCAGAGUGAUACGAACUUUGGGCCAGGAUCUGGCGCGUAUCACUCCUACGACCGGAUUCACAAUAGAAGUAGGUGCUGCGUCGACAGUUCUGUUAGCAAGUAAAAUUGGUCUACCUGUUUCAACGACGCACUGCAAAGUUGGAUCAGUGGUGUGCGUAGGAUGGGCCUCACGCGGGGGCGAGGGAGUGUCGUGGAAAUUAUUUCGCAAUAUCGUAUGCGCGUGGGUAAUUACCGUGCCGAUGGCCGGUUGCCUCUCCGCCGGCUGUAUGGCCAUUUUCCGCGAGAUAAUUAGUUUGUGAUCGUUUGCAGUUGCGACUGACUGAGACGCUUUUAGAAAACUAUCCGAUACUACGGUUGUCAAUAAGUUCUGAAUAAAUAAAUGGUCAAACAGAGA